AUGUCAGAAGCGAAGAGAAGUGCACAGGGCGGAAGCCCGCUGUUCAAGCUCAGCGCGACACUGCUGGGGCACACCGGUGACGUUCGCGGUGCCUGUGGCAGCGACAAGGAAGUGCCUAUCCCCUUUAUUGCGACAGCUUCCCGCGAUGAAUCAGCCAUUCUGUGGGAGUAUCAGGGCGGCAGCAAGUACCAUCAACAGGCCCAGCUGAAAGGGCACACAAGGUACCUCAUGUGCGUCACAUGCACUGCCCCAACGCCUGAAUUUCCCCAGGGGCUGGUGUUGACGGGCAGUCUCGACAAGACCAUCCUGGUCUGGAACCCAGCCGUCCCCGCAGGGCCCAUCGCCCGGCUGGAGGGCCACACGGACGCGGUGUGCUGCCUGCAGGCAAUCUCACCAACGACCGUCGUCUCCAGCAGCUGGGACAGCACUGCGCGCGUGUGGGAUCUGACGACGCAGCAGUGCACCGCUGUCCUCAAGGGCCACGAAGCGUCCGUUCUCAGCGUGCUGCCGCUUGUGUCGAGCGGGGAGGUGGUGACGGCCUCUGCCGACCGGUCACUUCGGCGGUGGAGGAGCAGUGGAGAGCACGUGCAGACCAGGGCCGCAGCCCACGCAGACGUCAUUCGCGGCCUGUGCCACGUGUCUGAGGGCGUGUUUGCCUCGUGCUCCAACGACUCGACCGUUGUCGUCUGGACCGCCACCUUUGACACCAUCGCCACCUUCACCGGACACCAGGCGUUUGUGUAUGCGGUGUGCAGCGUGCCGGAUUCGCCGCUGCUCGCAUCGUCCGGGGAAGACGGCUGCGUCAAGGUGUGGGACAUGGAGUCUGGCGCGUGUGUGCAAACGAUCGAUCUCCCGUGCACGUCUGUCUGGAGCGUCGCCGCAAGGUGGGGAUGGCGACAUUAUUGUUUCGUGCGACGAUGCAAACUACCGCGUGUGUUCACGCGGGCGGCGGCCGGACCGCAAGUACGGACGUCCUCGCUCCAAUUCGAGGAGCACGUGGCGGCCUCCUUUGCGGCACGCCAGGCACAGCAGGUUGGCUCGCUGAAGAAGAGCGACAUCCCGGACAAGUCUGUGCUGGAGACGCCCGGCCGCCGCGAAGGCGAGCACAAGAUUGUCAACAACGGCGGCAAGAUUGAGGCGUACACGUGGUCUGGGCAAAACUGGCAGUACAUGGGAUUGGUAACCGACGCCGUUGCGCCGGAUUACACAUUCACUGUCGACCUCGAGGGCAGGAACCUCAAGCUGGAGUACAACAAAGGCGAGAACCCCUACGAAGUCGCACAGAAGUUCAUUGACAAGCACGAGCUGAGCCAGUCCUUCCUGGACCAGAUUGCAUCAUUCAUUAUCCAGAAUGCGCAGGUGCCGACGCUCGAGACAGGCACGCCCCAGCCGGCGGUCAACCCUGAUCCAUUCACUGGCGGGCAGAGCGCCGUCAGUGGGCAGCACAUGCAGCCGCCAUUCUCAUCGUCAUCGGCAGGGUAUCACAACCCGGACCCGUACACGGGAGCAUCGACAUCAAUGACGACGACGACGACCACGACCACGAAACCUGCGGCCGCAGCCAUGUUUCCAAACCGCACAUAUGUCCGCUUCUCGCAAGGCAAGCCACAGGCCGCCCUCAACAAACUGAAGGAGUUCAAUGCGACGGCUGCGUCGCCUCUGUCCGCCUCAGCGUUGUCGACGCUGGAGACGGUUGUUGCGGACGUGCAUGCGUACGGAGAUGCGGCGCAACUCACCGCCACCAUCACCGCCCUCCUCAGCGCUCUCGAGUCCUGGGACCGCGCACACCACGUCCCAGUGCUUGAUCUGCUUCGGUUGGCGCUGAUCACGCCGGCUGCCGUCGCCGCCACCGCCAGCAUGGACGCAGCACUCACCCAGCGCAUCGUCACUGCAUGUGGUGUGUACGGCGAGGGCCCCUGCAUGAUGCUGGCCAUGCGUGUGCUCACCAAUCUCAUCGCCGCCAGCCCCUCUGCCAUAUCUCCAGACCAACACUCCGCGGUGUGCGAGUCGCUGCUGGAGCGGAACAUGGCCGCCCUCAAGGAUGCCCAGAUACUCGCCGUCGCAUCGUAUCUCCUCAACCUGGCGACGUGGGCUGUGAAGCAGGACGCCGAGCGCGACGACGUGGCGCAGUGCCAGCUGCAGGCCGUGAACGCCAUUCACCGGGUGAUUGUCGCUCUUCCCGCCCAUCACGAGACGGCAUCGCGCAUCAUCAGCGCCCUCGGCACCCUGGUGUCGUCGAGCGAGGUGCUGCUUGCGCUGGCGCUGUCGCUGCCCAACAUGUCGCAGUGCGUGAAUGCGUUUGCUGGCAGUUCGUAUCCGCAGCAGACGCGGGACAUGGCUCGACACGUGUACGACCUUCUCAAGUGA